AUUCGCAUUGGCGGCGACACGGAGAAGAUGACGCUGAUCCCGUCAGCGGCGUUCAACGAGAUCCAAGCCAUGCAGCACCUCGCCCACCCCAACGUACCUGCCGAUGACUGGUAGACCGUCAUAUUUGCUGGCUUAGAUUGUGCAGCUGCUCCAUGUGGUUCCCGAAGGUGCCUCUGUGGGCCUCGUUCUCGAGUACAUGGCGACCGAUCUGGCACAGCUUAUGGCGCAGGCGACGUCGCCCUUCUCGCCGCAUGAGGUCAAGUCGCUCAUGUACAUGCUGCUGCGAAGCGUCGAACACUGCCACCGCCACAAGAUCAUGCAUCGGGAUAUCAAGCCAGCCAACCUUCUUCUCGACAAAGACGGUGUCCUCAAGCUCAGCGACUUUGGACUUGCCUCCGUGUACACGGGGCCGAGUCGCGAGUACAGCCACACAGUUGCGACGUGGUGGUACCGCGCACCAGAGCUGCUCUUUGGCUCCCGCAGUUACGACUUGUCGGUCGACCUAUGGUCCGUCGGCGUCAUCUUUGGCGAACUCUUGCAGCAUGCGCCAAUGUUUCCGGGUCUCAAUGACAUUGACCAGCUCUUCCGCGUGAUCCAAGUUCUGGGGUCGCCUUCUUGGGCCGGCGUCGAGAGCUUGCCCGACUACCACAAGGUGUCCUUCCCAGCGUUCUCGGCCAUCCCACUGGACGUGUUGCUGCCAGAAGCCCCAGCUAUGGCACGGGACCUGCUGAGCCGUCUUCUCGAGUACGAUCCCAGCAAGCGUAUCUCGGCAGCAGAGGCCCUGCACCACCCGUAUUUUCUCGCUCACCCGACUCCGGAGGCAUCGCUUUCGCCCGACCGCCUUCUACCAAGCGCAUCUGGCAAGACGAGCGAUGACUUUGCGCUGCCAAACACAUCGACCUUGGACCUCGACAUUGGUUUUCUUUAAGCGUGGAAACUGUAUCAAAUUAUCAGUUUCGUAUAUAAGAUCUAAAUGGCGCUAGAACAAAAAAACUUCUUUGUGGAA